UCCUCCCGGCUCGGGAAGAGGAAGCGGCCCCCCGGAUGGAAGCGGCCGCCCCGGGCGAGGGUGGCCGGCCGCGGCUGCUGCGGCCGCCGGUGGGAGAGGCGGUGGCGGAGGGAGAGCCCCUCCUCGUGGCUGAGCUCAAGCCGAGACGCCCCCAACAGCACGACUGGAAAUCCAGCUGCGAGACCUGGAGUGUGGCCUUCUCCGCCGACGGGACCUGGUUUGCCUGGUCACAGGGUCACUGCGUCGUCAGGCUGCUCCCGUGGCCUUUACAGAGGACCGAGCACAACAGCAAAGCUUUGGAACCCAAGAACCGGUGUGCAAAAACCAAGGCCAAGGGUUAUGGUGGGACCAAGGAGAAGACCUUGGAAUGUGGACAGAUUGUCUGGGGUCUGGCUUUUAGUUCGUGGCUGCCGUCCCAGUCACAUAAGUAUCGCCACCGGAAGGAAACGUUUCCUUGCUUGAUCCUGGCCACGGGAUUACAUGACGGGCAGAUUAAAGUCUGGGAGGUAGAAACAGGGAACAUGCUUUUUCACCUUGUGGGGCACCAAGACGUGGUGAGGGAUUUGAGCUUUGCACCCGGCAACCCUUGUUCCAUUCUCGUCUCUGCAUCCCGGGACAAAACGCUUCGAGUCUGGGACCUCAGUCAAAAUGGGAAGCAAUUGAAAGUGCUUUCUGGACAUUUGCAGUGGGUUUAUGGUUGCUCCAUUUCUCCUGACGGUCAGAUGCUCUGCUCCGUGGCUGGAGAGAAAUCGGCUCUGCUCUGGAGUAUGAACUCCUAUUGCCUGCUGCGGAAACUGGAGGGACACCAGGGUUGCAUCGCGUCCUGUGACUUUUCUCCAGACUCUGCUCUUCUUGCCACGGCUUCCUACGACACCUGCGUGAUCCUCUGGGAUCCCUAUACGGGGGAAAAGCUAAGAUCCCUUUGGCAUGUUCCCUUGCAACCUGCAGUGGACCAAGGUGGGAACUUCCACACCAGCUCCCUGAGGUCUGUGUGCUUCUCACCUGAAGGCCUCUACCUUGCCACAGUGGCAGAUGACAGGCUCCUUCGGAUCUGGGCAUUAGAGCUUGAGAGUCCUGUUGCUUUUGCUCCGGUGAAGAACGGUCUCUGCUGCACUUAUUUUCCACAUGGUGGGAUCAUCGCCACGGGGACCAGGGAUGGCCACGCCCAAUUCUGGACCGCCCCUCAAGCUCUGUCUUCUCUGAAGCACUUAUGUCGGAAAGUUCUCCGUGGCUGCUUCACUAGCUACCAAGUCCAGGCGCUGAGCAUUCCCAAAAAGAUGAAGGAAUUCCUCACCUACAGGACUCUAUGACGUUGGCCGGAAGGAGGUGCUGUUGCUGUGAUCCAUCCAUUGCUCGCGCUGGCCUUGUGUUUGCACAAGACAAAACUCUCUGGGGUGUCAAGCAAGGAGGCAACAUCAUUUCCUAGCUGAGAAAAUGACGAAGGAUGCUGUGGGCAAAUUCCCCCUUUUUCUUCCCCUGAAGUGGAAGAAAUCUUAAAAGAGUUUUUGGCAUACUAAAGUUUGCCAGAUACCCUCCCGGGCUCAGAGUUACUGGCAGUGGUAAGAUUCAAAUAAUUGAACAACCGGUUCUCUGCUCUAAUGAUUUCUUCCAACAACCAGUUCACCAAACUGCUCA